CGGCCCGACCGUAGGAAUCGCUUCCGAAGUGGCCAUGCUGUUCUUGACCAUCCUGCUUGUCGUGAGCUCAGAGGGUCUUCGCGGCGUCCUUCAGGAUACCUUUGCGUACCUGGCGUCGUACCCGUCGCUGUUCCUGCUCUUCCUCUUGUUUGGAUUCGGCGUCGCCGUGGCGAGCUCAAUCAUUCACUUUCACCUGGCGAAGCGCGGUAACGCAACCACGACGCCGCUCACAUGCUACGACUGCGAACAACAAAACAAAACCAAAGGCUCUACAAAGAACAACAAAAAAGCCAAGCGCCAAGCCGACAACGUUGGGAUUCUUGCCAUGGAAGUGUACUUCCCUGCCAACUACAUUGAUCAAUCGGACCUCGAGCAGUAUGACGGCGUCGGCGCUGGCAAGUACACCAAGGGUCUUGCACAGGAAAAGAUGAGUUUUACCGGCGAUCGAGAAGAUGUCAACUCGAUUGCUCUCACCGCCGUGAAACAGUUGCUGGAAAAGUACGACAUUCAACCAUCUCAAAUCGGACGCCUCGAAGUCGGCACGGAAACGAUGGUGGAUUUGUGCAAGUCGACGAAAACUGUGAUCAUGGAUCUGUUUCACGAGCAUGGCAACUACGACUUGGAAGGCGUAACGUCUGUGAAUGCAUGCUACGGGGGGACCGCGGCGCUCUUCAACUCUGUUGCGUGGGUCGAAAGCAAGGCAUGGGAUGGACGAUAUGCCUUGGUUGUGUGCGGUGAUAUUGCCGUGUAUGCCAAGGGUCCGGCGCGUCCAACUUCUGGCUGUGGCGCGGUCGCGAUGCUGAUCGGGCCCAACGCCCCGUUGGUCAUGGAGAGCGAGCUUCGCACGACCUUUUCCGAAAAUAUGUGGGAUUUUUACAAGCCGGAUCCGCACUCCGAGUACCCGACCGUGGACGGCAAGUUUUCCCAAUCGUGCUACUUGAAGACCCUCGACGACUGCUACCGCCGCUUCUGCUCGAAGAACGAACUCGCGGGCGUGACCAAGAACGGCCAGUUCUUUGACGUAGCCGCCAACGACUACGUCCUGUUUCACUCUCCGUACAACAAGUUGGCGCAGAAAGGCUUUGCGCGCAUUGUGUUUAACGACUUCUUGCGCAACCCGACCUUGCCCCAAUACGAGAAGCUCAAGAAAUGGCACGGCGCCGCGCUCGAGGAAACGUACUACGACCGCGAACUCGAAGCUGCGUCGCGCGAAGUGUCACUUAAUAUGUGGAACCGCAUGGUCGAGCCAUCGUGCUUUGCCUCGCGACACAUUGGCAACUGCUACACCGCCUCCGUUUACAUCAACCUGGCGUGCCUCGUAGACACGGCGCGAUCCGCGCUUCACGGCAAGCGCCUCAUGCUGUUUUCGUAUGGCUCUGGUGCCGUCGGGUCGAUCUUUUCGUUCCGCUGCGUCCGUCCCGAAUCGACCGAAGUCGCUGUCCCCGCCUUCACGGUGGAACGGAUGAGCGACUGCUUGAACCUCGCACAACGUCUGAACAAGCGCCUCAAGCGCACGCCGGAAGAGUUCAAUGCCCACAUGGACCUGCGCGAGUCUAGCCAUGGCAUGAAGAGUUACACCCCUGUGCAAUCCAUCGAGUCGCUCUUCCCUGGCACGUACUACCUCGUGGGGGUUGAUGACAAGCAUCGCCGCAAGUAUGCCCGCAAGCCUCUUAACGCUUCGUUGUCGUUUGUGGCUCUCCCGUCCCCAACGGUGGCCGUAGAGCCUUCCGCGACGAGUGUGGCGGCGCUCCCCACAUCCGUAGUCCCGGCCAAGCCUGCGCUCGUCGAGGUCUUGGUCACCGGAGUCGCCGCUGGCGCCCCUGGCCUCAAGUCAACUAACUUGACUGCGCUCUUGGAAGGUGUAAACUGCAUAGAACCCGUGUCGGACGCGGCAAAGACUGCAAUGGUCGCUAAAAACGUCGUCCAGCUCAAGAAGGAUGGGGCGGCCGUUCGCCGACUGCCUGUGACCAGUGUGAACGAGACGAUUCAACUCGCGGCUCCCAUGGCCGUGGUGGACCUCGUCAAGGACUUUGGCUUGCCCAAGAGCUUGGUCGAAGGGAUGGACGAUGCGUCCGCUUGUGCGGUUGCGGCGGGUCUCCGUGCGUUGCAGCAAGCGGGCCUCGUUGCCGGCACAGUUGAAAACGGCUGGGGCAACUGGCGCUUGACAGAUGCGCUGGCCACUUCCACGGGCGUCUUGUUCGCCGCAUCGUUCCCUGCCCUGGAUGCGUGUGUGAAGGAAGUGUCUCGGUCGUACACGGAUCCUGCGUACGAGUUUGACCGUAAACUGCUCUUCCGCCUCCUCGUGCAGGCCAAUGCGCAAUUGGCGCAGAUCGUGGGUGCCAAGGGCCCCAAUGCGCAUGUGAACGCUACGUGUGCCGGGACGACUGUAGCGCUCACAAUGGCGCAGGACUGGAUCCGCUCUGGCAAGUGCCAACGCGUCGUCGUGAUUGCAGGCGACGUGGCCGCGAACGAAACGCUACUCCCCUGGAUUGGUAGCGGCUUCCGUUCGCUCGGGGCCGCGUCCAUUGCGAGCAACGUGUCCGAUGCCGCGCUUCCGUUCGAUUCGCGCCGCAACGGGAUGCUUCUGGGCAGCGGCGCCGUUGGUUUGGUCUUGGAAGCAGCGGGCGCAUCCACGCUCCAGCGCUUCCCGGCUGGGUCGCCAUCGGUUCAGUUGGUGGCCAGUCAGCUCAGCAACUCGGCUUUCCACGGCGCGUCGCUUGACAAGGAGCACAUGGCCCAAGAACUGAACCGCUUCCUUCAAGCUGUCGAAACCGAGCACGGCAUCCCGCGCGCCGUGUUGGCGGCGGAAGGGGUAUAUUACAGUCAUGAAACGUGCACCCAGGCGACGCCCACCUCGUCGUGCUCGUUCACCGAGCUGUACAUGCUCCGCAGUGCGUUUGGCGACGCCGGCCUUGACACGUUGGUGCUGGCCAACACGAAGGCGUUUACUGGUCAUGCCAUGGGUGUGAGCUUCGAAGAAGUGAUUGCCGUCGAGGGCCUCAAGCGCGGGGUCCUUCCCCCCGUGGUCAACUUUUCCUCGCACGAUGCCCACUUGAGCCCCCGUCCGCUGCGUCUUAGCAAGGGCGGUGCCUACCCCCACGUCAAGUAUGCGCUGCGCUUUGCGGCGGGCUUUGGUUCGCAGAUUGCUUUUACGUUGUACAUGCGCAAGUAAAGCAUAUUCUCCGUGAAUCGAAUGUGUGUCGACAACAUGGAUGGUUUGCGCAAUGCCAUGGCCGAGGUCUCGCGUGGAGCUGCGCAGAUGAGGCAGAGUGCAGGAAGAACGGACAAUCUAGCAAUGCUUCGUGACA